AAUGCCUCGCCCUUUAAUCUUGAACAACCACCUGAUCCCGUUCAAAAUUUAGGAUGUUUACAGGUAAAGCAGCACUAAUUACAGGCGCAGCUCAGGGUCUCGGGAAAUCUUUUGCUUCAGCGCUGUUGAAGAAGGAGUGCAAAGUUUGUGCUGCUGAUAACAAUGAAGAAAAAUUGCAAGCGACUGUCAGAGAAUUCCAGGAUAUUUAUGGAGAAAAUAACGUAAUGUAUGCCAAAUGUGACGUCACAAAGGAACACGAUUUAGAGGAGACUUUUAAGCGGGCGAAAUCUGCCUUUAAUCGGAUAGACAUUGUGGUGAACAAUGCCGGAGUGGUUGAUGAGCGGAACUGGGAGAGAUGCUUAGAUAUCAACCUGACUGGGGUCAUCAGAGGAACUCUUCUGGGUCUUAAAUAUUUGAGGAAAGAUCUCGGUGGUGCUGGAGGUACAAUUGUCAAUGUCUCGUCAAUGGCAGGUAUUUUCCCAGUCGAGUACUCCCCUGCCUAUUGUGCUAGUAAACAUGGUGUGGUCGGUUAUACGAGAAGUUGGGCGUUUCAUCCAGAAGUUGUAAAAAAUGGUGUUCGCCUUCUUUGCCUUUGUCCAGCGUAUGCUAAAACGGACAUACUGAAUUUCCAGCCCGAAUCUCCCGAAGAUCUCGCACAGGCUCAGAAGUCGAUGGAAGCUCUUGGUAUCAUGAGGGUGGAAGAAGUAUCGGAUGCUUUCAUAAAACUUUUAGAAGAUUCGGACAAUAACGGAAGUGUCAUGUCGGUAACAAAACAGAACACGAUAUAUUGGAAAAUGCCAGUUCCGAAAUUUUAACUUUACAAAACAUAUAUGCUGUAUUGAGCUAUUGCAUUUCGAACCCAAUGUACUUUCGAUGUCCAUCAAAGGAUUACUUAUUUUAGCAGUGUAUAAUCAAACUUGAAAAAAGAUUAUUUCUUUUGUGAACUGCAUGGUAUAUAUGCGUAUAUAUAAUCUAUACAUAUAGAGAAUAGUAUACAUUAAAGAGUGGUCAAAACGUGUAUAUUUGCGUUAUGAAUUUGUAUAGUAUUAAUUAAUAUGCAAAAGGCAUGUUUAAACACAUAACGAUAAAAGAUAAUAUGAACUAUUUGUUAACUCCGUAAAAUAUCAAUCUUUCAUUAACAACUAAGAUUUCAACAGAUUGAAAAUGAUAUUUUAUCGAUUGGUUAUACCUUAUAAUUAGAGUUGCACUCUGCAUGUCAUUUUCUUAAAAUACAAAUAAAUAUAAAAUAUUUUCAAUGCAUGU